AAUUUAGGUCUACCAAGAAUAAUUUUUUAAUCCAUAUGCAUGAACUCAAAAUCAAUUUGCCACUUGCUUUAUUUUAUUAUUAUUAUUAUUUUACAUUUUCAAUUUAUCAGCAAUAUGAUAACAAAGGCAGUUUUGCAAUGUGCAAAAGGCCUAAUAUUUAGAAAUAUACUCGCCAGUCAAAAAUAUUAUUUUGCAACUCAAACAUGGAAUAUCGAUGAAAAAUAUUUGAAAAUUCAUCCAGCUGUAAAAGAUGCUCUUUCUUCAAAAAAGCCAGUUGUUGCUUUAGAAAGCACAAUAAUCACACAUGGAAUGCCAUAUCCUGAUAACUAUGAAACUGCACUGGAAGUUGAGGAGAUUGUCAAAUCAAAGUCUGUUACACCAGCUACUAUUGCUAUCAUUGAUGGACAAAUUCACAUUGGCUUAACAAAAGACAAUCUACAUACUCUUGCUACUUCUCCUUCAAGUAUUAAAAUAUCAAGAAGAGGUGUGCCAGCAUCAAUUGCUUUUAAACAAACAGGAGGGACAACAGUGUCAGCUACCAUGAUGCUUGCUCAUAGAUGUAACAUCCCUAUCUUUGUAACUGGAGGGAUAGGUGGAGUUCAUAGAGAUGGAGAGAACACACUUGAUAUAAGUUCGGAUUUAACAGAACUAGGCCGAACCCCAGUUACUGUUAUAAGUGCUGGUGUUAAGUCUAUCUUGGAUAUUCAGAGGACCUUGGAAUUUUUAGAAACUCAAGGAGUCACUGUUGCUACAUUUGGCCAAAACAAUGAUUUUCCAGCUUUUUUCACACAAAAAUCUGGCCACAAAUCGCAAUUCAAUGUCAAAAACGCUUCGAAAGCAGCACAAUUGAUCAAAUCUUCUCAAGACUUAGAGAUGGAUAGUGGAUGCCUUAUUGCUGUGCCUCUUCCUGAUGAAUUUGCAACCUCUGGAGAAAGAAUUGAAAAUGCCAUCAAGACUGCUUUAGCAGAGGCAGAAUCUUCGUCAAUAAAAGGGCCUGAUGUUACUCCAUACAUUUUGAAAAGAGUGAAUGAGAUCACAGGAGGAGAAUCUUUGAAAGCCAACGUGGCUUUAAUCAAGCACAAUGCUUCAGUGGGUGCUGAUAUCGCAGUGGAGUUGGCAAAGUGUUUUUCUAAUUCUGAAGAGAUUGGUGUUGCGACUCCUGUUGAGGAAAUACAAGAGAGACCUGUUGUCAUUGGAGGAACUAACAUUGAUGUAAUAGCAAAAUGUACAUCAGAAAUAUUGUAUGAUGGGCCAUCUAAUCCAGCUGAUAUAAGUUACACAUUGGGAGGUGUUGCAAGGAAUAUUGCAGAGGGAUUAUGCAGAUACAAUGACAAUCCAGUGUUCAUUUCUGCCCUGGGUGACGAUGGUCAUGCUCAGAUGGUUAGAAUGGAAAUGAAGGAAUAUAUGGAUUUGUCUUUUAUAGAAAAGAUUCAAGAAUAUAAUUCAGGUUUAUACAAUGCUGUGUUUGAUGUGAAUGGCUCUCUCAAGGUUGGCAUAGAAUCAAUGAAAGUACAUGAAAUGAUAAACAUAGAAACCAUAAUGAAGAAUGAAGAUGUCAUAUCCCAAGCUCCUCUCGUAUGUAUUGAUGCCAAUUUGACUUCUGAGACUAUCGCUUAUAUAUGUGAUCUAUGUGACAGGAGAGACUUGGAUCUGUUUUUCGAGCCAACAGGAUCAUUAAAAGCAGGAAGGCCGUUUCUUGAUAAUUUAUCUUGGAAAUCCAUCAAAUAUUUGACGCCAAAUUUACAAGAAUUCGAAGUGAUUAUGUCUGCUAUUACUGGGAAGGAAAAGAAGAUAAAUCUGAACGAAAAUGGGAAAUUUAUUGAUUCAACGUUACCAGCCAUCUAUGAAACUUGCCGACCGUUACUGGAACACGUUUAUUGUUUAAUCGUAACCUUAGCAGGCAAAGGUGUUGCCACAUUUGUUCAGGAUGACAGCAAGUCAUCUGGAAUCAAAGCAACACAUUAUCCAUUGACUUCUAUGCCGCAGUUUGAAUGGAUGUUUCAACCGAUUGUCAAUGUCAGUGGGUCAGGAGAUGCAUUUGCAGCUGCUUAUAUUCAUGGACUUUUGCAAGGGAAAGAAUCAGACAUUUGUACAAAGAUGGGUCUCGUUGCUGCGCAGUUUUCUUUGAGGUCCAAUUCUGCAGUGCCAUCGACUUUAAAUACUGAAAUCUUCGAUGGGAUAGAAAAUGUGAAAUGGGACACUCAGGAAUUAUGAUUGUCAAAAUUAAUUCAUUCGAAUAAAGGUUGGGAGACUGCAACAGAAAGCUUCUGAUAGACCACUGCAAGGGUGUAGCCAGGAAUUUUCAAAGAAGGGGUUCUGAAAUUUCUAAUUGCCAAGUUAGACUGUGACAGUUAGCGGGUCGGAGGCCAGAAAACAUGGGUUUUCAAUAGUCUUGAUGAUCCAAAAAGCAGAUCAAGCUAUGAAAAGCUUAUACGAUUAAUACACAAAAAAUGGGAUAUAUAAGGUCAAAAUGCUUAUUCAUUAAUAAGAUUCUGAAUGUUUUUGUUAUGAAUAAAAGUCAAUUUGAACUCCAUGGCCCUGUGUGUCAGUAGCACUUUGAGCAGCUUUGGCGAAGUAAACACGAUUACACAAAGUAUUGUAAAAAUAACUGGUUCGCCCCAUGAUUAAACCUCGGGAUUAAUAUGUAAAUCCUAUCCUCAUUGUAUCUAAUCUAAUUAGUUUUCCAACUAAUUUCCAAACUGAAUCGAAUAAAGAUUCAAAAGUAAUUUUUAAAAACACUACAAGUGCCUGUAUAAUUGAAUUUACUGUAAGUUAAUUUCCUAACACACUGUAUAUGAAUUGUAGAAUACUGUUAGUUACAAUUUUCCAUACUGUUUGCAAUUUUUUUAAUUCUCAAACAACUGCCAUUUUAAUGAAGAGUUUCCUUCAAUUCUUUUUUUAAUGUUCUGCUUCAGACUAUUUGGUUCUUAUUUGCAAUCAUGUUUAGCUAACUGCUAGUGCAAUUUGCUCUCAUUUUUUCUGUUUUCCAAUUUGCUGAGUGCUGAUGUUACUUUUCAUUUUGUCUUGCUUUUAUCUAUUUCAGGCACUCCCGUAGUGUGUGUACCAGGUUAGGGUUAGACCAUUAUUUUAUUUCGAUUUUUCCUUAUUUUAGUUCUAUUACGAGUUCGGGGACAGUCUGUGUUAGCCAAGUGAAUAUAUCCCGUCCAUAGGUUCAAGUCCCUUUACACAACUUGAUGUAAAGUAGGCGAACAAAAUUAGUUACCACCAUAUUGGUACAUACACUUCUGGAGCGCCUUAUUUCAUAUUCUGGCUCUGGGUAAAAGUGAUUUAGUUUUGAUCAAAAUUCAUUCAUGUUAGACCAAUGGUUCUCAACCUUUUUUCUUUCGUGGACAAUUUUGUUGCAAUGAUAAUUUUGUUGCCCAUUAGCAUGCAUCUCUUUUACACUGUUUAAUCAUUAUGCAGAUACUGUUACAUAUUUAAGGCAAAUAAACAUACAUACAAACAUAGUUGGUCACAUGGGGGACCUAAGCUGGUAACCAAUAUUUGUAAAUUCUGGAUUAAAUCUGGAAUAUUUCUUUUCAGUCAAUUUUUGAGAAUACUAUAUUUUAUUGCAAUUCUCUGGGUAACAAAAUAAGAAUACAUUCCUGAUUUGGUACUCCAGAAGUAUGUGCACCAGGUUAGGGUUAGGCCAUAAUUUCAGGUACAAAUACUACGGAAGUCACUUGGCUAGUCCCUGAACUCGUAAUAUAACUAAUAGAUUAUGGCCUAACCCUAACCUGGUACACAUACACCUUUAUGGUGUCAGUCAUCUUGGUGCACAUACCUGUGGAGUGCCUCUGACCAGGCCUCCUCAGUUGACCAGGUCUUUUCUCUCUGAACAUGGCUCUUGACAAGUGUUAUUACGUAUUUACUGCAUGUUACACCCAAGGUGUAAAUGAUUGGGUAGGAGAUGCUGAAACGGGAAGAUUCCUUCCGAAUUAUAGUAGCCAGUUAUAUAUUGUUGGGUAUGAAUGGAGGCAUGUACAAAGUGGUUCUAGGAAAAUUCGCAGCAGAAAAUUUUUCUGUAGGAGAUCUCGCCACAGGAAAUUUCGCCGCAUAGGAAAAAACGAUUUAUUUAAAAACAUUUGUUAUUUAAGAGCAUACCUUAACCCAGGGGUGGGCAACAUACGGCCCCGGCCCGCAACGAGAUUUUGACCGGC